AUGCCGACUGCACUCCAUAGGCUGAACCUGGAGGAGGGCCGGGAGGUGGUGGAGGGACAUGGGCGUGACAUGUAUGGUGCAUCCGAGGGGGUGGUGGAGGGAAUGGCAUCAUAUGCGUUGGUCCGCCAGGCUGUCCGAUGUGAGGCGGCGCCGAAAAGCUAUCAAGACGUGGUCAUGAUUGGCAACAACAGCACAGAAUAUGAGAAGCUCAAAGUGCACGCCCUUGGAAAGAAGAUCCCAGAACUGAAACAAGCGGGGGAUGUGUCGGUGGACAGAGCAACAAGCGGGGAGGAAUCGCUAGGCGGAGUAGUUACGGUGUCGACGGCAGCAAUAAAGGGUAUCCAAAAGCCAAAACAAGACCAGACCCACGUGACGCCCAGCAACCCUGGGUCUUCCACUGCGUGUGGCGGCUGGGAGUUGACUUGUCGAGUCUCGCGCGGCCUUGAUUCUCUAGCGCCAGCCCAGGCACCAAACACUGGCAAACACAGUGAUCGAAACCCGCUUGACGCUCCUCUUGGCCCUGGCCCAAAAACGAUGAUCUCCCGUUGCUGA